CCCUGCACUCGCAAAGCACACAAAGACACAAAUUAACAUCAACAUUGUUUGCUAGCAAGUUCGAGUUAGCUUAGAGAAAUCAAGAAAGACGGCGGCGGCAAUGGCGGAGAGGGUGUCGAGGCUGUCGACGGAGAAGGCGGUGGUGAUCUUCACGCGAAGCCAGUGCCCGAUGUGCCACACGGUGUUGAGCCUCUUCUCCGAGCUCGGCGUGUGCGCGGCGGUGCACGAGCUGGACAAGGACCCCCGCGGCCGCGACAUGGAGCGGGAGCUCGCCCGCCGCCUCGGCCGUGCGCCGCCCGUCCCCGCCGUCUUCGUCGGCGGCAAGCUCGUCGGCUCCACCGACACGAUCAUGUCGCUGCACCUCGCCGGCAAGCUCGUGCCCAUGCUCAAGGCCGCCGGCGCCAUAUGGCUCUGAAUCCCUGCAUCCACCGGCGACAGCAACUAUAAUCACUCACAAGUCACACCCCUAAAUUUUGUACCUUGCGUGCAUGCACCUGACCAAUUGCAGGCACGUAAAUUAAGAGCUAUGUAUACACAUGCACAUAUUUGCAUGGGUAUAAGUAUACACGAUUAUAGAGUGUGUUCACUAGUCAAGGAUAAGAAUAAGAUGCACACCUGUCAGGACCGUCCGAUCGUAAUGGAUGGCUAGGAUAUAAGCCAGUGAUAGGGCAAGUUCUAACGUGAAGGUAACAGAGUCAAAUGAACAUGUGAGAGGUUUUGUUUAGCUGCUAAUGUGUAACCUAGCAGUGCUGAAAAGGGUGUAAGGGACUUGUUUGUAACCUCCCCCUUUGAAGUUUCUCCAAUGAGAUACGAAUUUUGGACUA